AUGGCCAGCUUCAUCAAUGUUGGUUUCUGUCUGGCAUAUUUUGCCUUGCAGAAUGUCUCUAGCAUGAGUGGGGAUGUUUAUACACCCUUCGAGAUAGAGGAAUCGAUCGCGAAGAUGUCCACAGAGUACAUGUUUAGUCUGUGCUGGGGUCUAAAGCCGCCGGAUGUCAGUCAGGGCUCCAGCAGCUUCGAUCUUGCUCAAGGAUCAACCUGCAUCAUACCGUUUCUUUAUAGCAUCUUGGGCAGUGGCCUCUUCGGACGGAUCCCAUUCCCUGUCCCAUCAAGAACACCCUUUCGAUCCUUCAUGGAAGUUCCUUGGGUAUUUCGGGACAGUGCCGAAGCUUUCUCGAAAUGCCAUAUCUCAAAGAUGACAGAGUCCGGUUUCUUGACAGGUACUUGGAUGGGCUACUACACAGAUCAACGACUGGUAAAUCAUCGACACUUUGCUCUUGUCGGCCCCCCCAUGAAUGACAUAAACAUCGUUGCUAAACCUUCUGGGGAAUCCGACAAGCGUUCGGAACCAAAGGGCCACAUCGACUGCUCAGAAAGUUCUGGUUUCGACUCGUAUGGACCCUUCACCAUUUGCGGGGAGUUCCACCACGAUGGCCGGGUCGAAUUUGUAAAACACUAUACGCAACAUGCUUGGGAUUGGCAAUAUAACGGCAUUGUCAUUCCGUUCGGCAUCGUGGGUCGCUGGUCUGACCUGGAGGGUAAUUUCGGUGGCCAUUUCUGGAUCUGGAAGAAGGACUGGUGCGAUUCACAGGCAAUAUGA